AGAAAAAAAGAAGUUUUUAUGGCAUCAGACGCGAAAAAUGUCAGCUGCCAGGAGCGCCUCGAUGUCUCUGAAGGAUCUCCCACAACAUCUGCGAUCAUGUUUUCCGCCGGUGUCCUUGGGAACGUGGUCGCAUUAAUUCUCUUGGAAAUACGGCGGAGGAAACAACCCGCAUCUUUGUUCCAAGUCCUGGUCACAUCUUUGGUCAUCACAGAUUUGCUGGGAACUUUCUCCGUCAGUCCUCUGGUUUUAACUGCGUACUUGAGGAAGCAGUCUUUGCUCGGGAUGAAUGAAAAAAAAUUCGUUUGCGGGCACUUUGGAUAUGCAAUGACAUUUUUCAGCUUGGUCACUCUCGCUAUUCUUCUCUCCAUGGCCGUGGAGCGCUGGCUCUCCUUAGGACAUCCUUACUUUUAUGAGAAGCGCUUGAGUAAACGUUGCGGGUACAUCACCAUAGCUCUCAUUUACUUGCUUUGCGCUCUUUUCUGUGUCACACCUUUCUUCGGUUUUGGGAAGUAUAUUCAAUACUGUCCGGGUACGUGGUGCUUCGUUGACAUGAACCCAUCAGAGACCAAUCAUAAAGUGUUCAAUAUCAUCUACGCGACUUGCUUGCUCGUGAUGAUUGUGUGUACGGUUUUGUGCAACGUGUCCGUCAUCUAUCAUCUUUCACUAAUGUACCGAAGACGCAAGGCGCACCGGAGCUCUAUCCGACGGCAGCAAGGUCACAAGAGGCAUCGGUCCAUCGCGAAGGAGGUCGAACAUCUGGUGCUGCUCGGGUUCAUGACCAUAGCAUUCGUCAUUUGCUCUCUUCCUCUUGUGAUUCAUCUGUACUUCUCUGGCCAAGAAGGUAAAAAUGGUCUCAUACCCCUUCUUUUCGUAUCAGUCAACCCCAUCAUAGACCCCUGGGUCUUCAUCAUCCUCAGUCCCCCGGUGCCUCGCCUGCUCUGGGACAAGAUGUGCAAGACCAUAAAGUCCAAACCCACACAGGAGAAGGUCCGCAGCAUUCAUCCAGUCCUGUAUCAGAAAAGCCCUCCUGGAGAUUCAGAAGGAGGCAGUUUUCUGAAAGUUUACACGGGAAUUCCAGGAUCUGCUGGCUCCUGAUCUCUAAAACCUCCCUGUGUUCGUGGGAAUGACUAUGGAGUGAUUGCUCACCCAUAUUACGAAAAUAACAGAUGCAGACGUUUCGGGUCACUGGAUACCUGAGCAGCUGGGCUUGAGACCUCAGGGGUAAAGAGCUUGGUGGUGGUGCACCUGUGAUGUCAUGGAGAAUAUACAAGAUUAUAGUUUUUU